AUGAUGGAUUCAGAUGCUGUGAUAUCGGUGCGUUCUGAAGCACAUCUGCUAAAUGCGAUACAGGGUUUUGCUGGGAUUGAUGUUCAGAUCACUGCGGUGCAUCCGCACCCCAGCCUGAGUAGAUGUGUGUACCUGUGGGCAUGCAAAAAGCGGUGGCGACAAAACCGCCGAGGAUGGAAGGAGGCGGCCACAGCAGCAGCAAGGCGGCGUGGGGUUCUUGAAGUAAGUAGACGAGGCACAUCAUGGAACAUUGACUCCGAAACAAUUGGAACAGCACUUGAUACCGUAUCAUGGAUAGGCAUCCGGCAGCUAGUGGGGGUCUCUCCAUGGGGUGAACAAUUACUCCACCGGAUUAAAUUUCAUGCAUUUACACACUGGGACUCUACAGAGCAGUGUCCUGGAUGUUGUAUUCAAGAGUGUAAUUCACGUGAAGUAGGAGUCGCUCAUUUGUUUUGGGCAUGUUCCGGAGCCAAAAAGCUUUGGGGAGUCUUCUUUGCUCCAUGGAGGUCAUUAGGUAGUCCAGAAUGGUUUUUCAAACCAAACGUUUUGCUUGGAUUAAAGAUGUCUGCUGUACCAUACAGUAUAUGGGAAAUAUAUGACAAACCUUACCAGAACAUACCGCUAAGUGACAAAUCUGAGAUUCAGCAGUGCGUGCAUGCAGUAGCUGAAAUAUCGUGGACAAUCGGAGCUGUCACUACACUCCAAGCUAUUUGGGUGCGGAAAGCGUCAUACUUUGAUCAUACUGCUGAUUUAUCUAGUGACAGAGCCAUUUCUCUUCUCCAUGGUCGAUUACGACAGGCGUACAUCAACACUAGAUUGGUAGUGACCGCAAAUGCAUCAAAAGGAAGAAAAGAGGCAGCCGAGUUGAUGUGUUCGGCGUUGCUGAAACAACAUGUGGGUGUUGUUACGGUGUUACGAUUAGCAUUACCCAAACUAUCACAAUUCUAUAUUUUGAUGGGGGCUCCAGAGGUAACCCAGGGCCAGGUGGGGCGGGUAGUCUGCUGGUCACUCUGUCACCUGAAAGGCCGGCACAAAAAGUAUUAUGGAUGGCUAAUAUAUCGCUGGCAUCUAUUCGUACGACAAAUAAUAUAG